AUGUGUUCCCCCCCCAGUUCUCCCCCAUCCUCCGGGCGGGGUCCCGGGUCGCGGCUGGUGCUGGAGGUGGGGGAGGGGCGGCUCUGUGUCCUCCCCCGCCCGGGGGGGGCUCGGGGUCUGUCCCGGGCCUGUGCGGAGCUGCGGAGCCUGGAGCUGCUGCACGGCCCGGUGCCAGAGGAGGGGGAGGGGUCGCCCCCCCCCCUGCACCCCACCCUGGUGCCCUGGGACGAGCCCUCUCCCCCCCCCGGGGUCCCCCCGACCCCCCGGAUGAUGGCGCUGGCUCUGGGCAGCAGCGUGAGCCCCCGAGGGGACACCAAGGAGCUGGUGGUGGCCGUGGCCCUCGAGGGGGUGAAGCUGCAGCACCGCCCCGAUCCCCCCGGGACCCCCUGGUACAGCCAGCUGCUGGCCCUGCUGGCCCUGGAGGACGAGCCAGUUCUGGGGUACACGGCCCCCACCCCCCUGACCCAGCUACACCUGCACCUGCAGCGCUGCAGCCUCGACUACAGGCCGCCGCCCCUCCCCCUGCGGGUGCUGGUGGUAGCCGAGACCCUGAGUGUCACCUGCGGGAGUGGCAGCGACCCCCGCCGGGGGGGGCUCAGGCUGUUGGUGGAUGAUGGCUCCGUGUUCCUGAGCGAGCGCUGCGGGGGGGGCGCGCUGGACCUGCAGAGGGAUUUUGUGUCUGUGCUGGACGUGGAUUUCCUGGAGCUGGUCCUGAGCACCUGGAGGGGGGGGGACGGCGAGGAGGGGGCGCCGCCGCCCCCCGAGGAGCUGCUGGUGGCCCCCGCUCGCCUGCGGGGCCGCACCUGCGCCGACAGUGCUGCCGCCGUCGCCCUCCUGCUGCAACACCUGGGGACCCCCCCGGGACCCCCCCACAGUCCCGGCCGGCGCCCCCCCCCGGGGACGCCCGAGGAGAGACCCCCGGGUCAGCACGAGGCCCCUCCAGGGGCGGAGCAGGCCCCCCCUGCGCCCCCUCCCACCCCCAUCAACCAACAGGACCUGGCGGAUGCCCUGAGGGACCCCCCCGGGACCCCCCCCGGGGACCCCCGGACCCCCGCCCAGGCCCCGCCCCCCCCGGCCCCCCCCGUGUCCCUGUACCUGUUCCCGGGGGAGGGGGGGGUCCCCACCCGGGCCCCCCCCGUGGCCCCCGAGCCUCCCCCACCCCCCAGGGGGGGCAACGCCGACCCCGACCCCGAACACGACGGAUUCUGCGUCCUGGAGGCCCCUGAAACCCCCGAGCCCGCCUCCCCCCGCGUGCGCUGGCUGGCCCCCGGACCCCUGCGGAUCCUGCCGGGACAUUUCGGGGUCCCGAGGGGGGAGCGGGACCGGCUGCGCCCCCCCCCGGGGCUGCCCCCGCCCCGCACCCGCCUCGUCCUGCGCGACGUCAGCCUCACCUGGGCCCUGUUCGGGGGGCGGGACUUCGGGCCUGGCCCCGCCCAGCACAGGCCCCGCCCCCGAAGCGCAGGCUCCUCCUCCCCACGGUGGCACAGCCGGGGGGGCCCCGGGAGGGUCCCGGAGCAGCUGAUGGAGCUGCACCUGGGCAAGGUGUGCCUGCAGCACGAGUCGUACGCAGCCGAGCCCGGGGGAGGCGCGGGGGGGGCCCGGGGGGGUCCCCUGGGCCCAGGGGAGGUGCCCACGUCCCGCCUGGUGCUGCUGGUGCCUGAGCUGGAGCUGCGCGACCGCCUGGGGGGGGGCUCCGCGCCCCCCUUCCUGUGCAGACACCCCCGGGGAGCUCCGCCCCCACAGCCCCCCACGCUCUGGCUCAAGGCUCUGAGGGUCCUGCCCCACCCGCCCCCCCCCGGGGGGGUCCCCGAGUGCUGCCUCAGGGUCACCCUGACCCCCCUGCGCCUGCACAUCGACCAGGACGCGCUGAUUUUCCUCAGGGAUUUCGCCAGCAGCUUCAUCGCCCACCUGAGCCCCCCCCCGGGACCCCCUCCGGGACCCCCGCCCGCUCCCCCCGGCGUCGGAGACCCCCCCUGGCUGGAGCUGCCCCAGGGCGAAGACCCCGAAACAGAGACCCCCCCGAUCUACUUCCGUGAGUUCCGUUUCACAGCUGAUGUCCCCAUCUGGCUCGACUAUCGUGGCAAGCGCGUCACCAUGGAGCAGGGUGCCCUGGCCGGGAUCCUGAUCGGGCUCGCGCGGCUCAACUGCUCCCAGCUGCGGCUGAAGCGGCUCUGCCACCGCCAGGGGCUGCUGGGGCUCGGCCGGGUCGUGUCCUACGCGGUGACCGAGUGGCUUCGGGACAUUCGGUGUCACCAGCUGCCCGGGCUGCUGGGGGGCGUGGCACCCGUGCACGCGGUGCUGCGGCUCUGGCGGGCGCUCCGGGACCUGCUGCUGCUGCCGCUGCUGGGGGGGGGUCCCGGGGGGGUGACCCGGGGGGUGACCCGCGGUGUCACUGCCCUCGGGGCCGCCUCGGCCAGCGCUGCCAUCGGGCUGGGGACGAGGCUGCUGCGGGCCCUGCAGGCUCUGGCUGAGGCUCUUUAUGGACUCGUGGCCCCCCCGGGACCUCCCCGGCUCCUCCCGGAGCCACCGGGCCAGCGGCACCAGCGCCCCCCACGCCCCCCCAGCACGAGGAGCGGCCCCUCUCCCACCGAGGGACCGGGGGGACCCCGUCCCCCUCCGCGGCCCCGCCCCCAAUAAACUGGGAGAGACUGGUUCUUA